GAAACUCUGCUGCUGUUAUUGUCCUCCAUUGACAUCACAAUGGCGGUAUCUGCGAUUGGAUUCGAAGGUUAUGAAAAGAGGCUUGAGAUUUCUUUUGUUGAGCCUGAUUCUGUUAUCGAUGUUGAACAAAAGGGUCUUCGAUCAUUGUCGAGAGCUCAGCUGGAUGAGAUUCUAACCCCAGCUGAGUGCACCAUUGUUUCUUCGCUAUCGAAUGAACUUGUGGACUCCUAUGUCCUUUCUGAGUCAAGCCUCUUUGUCUAUCCUUUCAAAAUCAUCAUCAAAACCUGUGGGACAACUAAGUUACUUCUAGCAAUCCCACCUAUCUUGAAGUUGUCUGGUAACCUAUCUCUUACCGUGAAAUAUGUUCGGUACACUCGUGGAAGCUUCAUAUUACCUGCUGCUCAGCCAUAUCCUCACCGGUACUUCACUGAAGAAGUAGCGAUUCUCGAUAACUAUUUUGGGAAGCUUGGCUCUGGUAGCAGAGCUUGUGUGAUGGGUGGGAGUGAUAAAAAACAGAAAUGGCAUGUUUACUCUGCCUCUGCUGAAUCUGUUAACACCAAUGCCCCAACUUACACUCUAGAGAUGUGCAUGACUGGCUUGGACAGUGAAAUGGCUUCAGUUUUCUACAAAGACCAAUCUAGCUCGGCUGCUUCGAUGACAAUUACUUCUGGCAUAAGGAACAUCCUUCCAGACUCUGAUAUAUGCGAUUUUGAGUUUGAACCCUGCGGUUAUUCAAUGAAUUCAAUCGAAGCUGAUGCCAUUUCGACCAUUCAUGUUACACCUGAAGACGGGUUUAGCUACGCAAGCUUUGAAUCCAUCGGCUAUGAUCUGAAUAAGUUGAACCUGAACCAGUUGGUGGAUAGGGUUCUGGUCUGCUUUGAACCAAGUGAAUUCUCUGUUGCUGUUCACGUCGAUGGCGACGCCGGUCCCUCUCUAGAGAAAAUCUGUUCGCUGAAUGUCAAAGGAUACCGUUGCGGGGAGAGGAGCAUUGAAGAGCUCGGUACUGGAGGUUCCAUCAUUUACCAGAAGUUCAACGCCAUUGGUAUUUGUGGAUCACCAAGAUCAACUCUCAGAUGCUGCUGGGAAGAGGAGGAAGAAUUAUCAAUAACGGCUUAAUUCCUAUAAUAUAGUAUUACUCUUGCUUAUAAUAACUAAAUAAAUUGCUUCUCAAAGUACUGCCUGGUGAGAUAGCACGAUGUUAUCGUGUUUUGCCGAGUAUUUUG